AUGAGUACACCUGACCUGGGUGGAAGCAGCGGUCUGGCACGACCCUUUCUCCACCCAAAUGUUUCCCGACUUCGGUCAUACACACCUCAGUCGUCUCGCAUUUCUUCACCGGCAAGUGGUUCUGCCAAUCAUGCGCAAGCAUCUUCGCCUUCCCAUUUCUCUCUGUCAAGGAUGUCCUCUUUAUCUAAUCUUCACACCGCGUCUUGGACCGAAGAGAAUGGCAACCGCUCUCCAAAACAUCCUCAGACAGACGUCUUCAAAUGGACCGAAUUGCGUAUUAUUGAACAACAACUGAAGACCAAGUCGCCAAAAGUUUCAUCGAUUCUCGGAGCACCAUUUCUCGGUUCUCCUACUGCGCUCGCAGCAAAUGGUCUCAUUUGCAUUGGGACGGAUGAAGGGAAAAUAUGCGUCUUUGACUUCAAGCAGAAGCUUAUAUGUGUAUGCGGUACGGAAGCGACAGGUAAAGUAGCUGGACCGGUUACUGCUCUAGCGCUAUCCUUUGAUCAUACCUAUGUUGUCUCGGGGCAUUCGUCGGGCUUCGUUCAGUUGUAUGAUCUGAAGACGCCAAACUCGCCUGUUCGAACUGUUCCGCCAACAACAGUUGCUGCCAUUUCUACUGGUCGUAAAGAGGGCCAUAUACAAGGAUCCAGGAUUGUGAAUGUUGGUUUCGUGGCAGGGAGGCAUACAGCCAUCGUGACAGCGGAUGAACACGGCCUCGCCUUUUACCAUAGCCUCGGAAAGAUGCUUUUUAUCGAGGCCUCCGAUAUUCUUCGCAUCCUUGGUAAAUAUCAAUUGGACCCUCUUCCUUCUUCCAAUGGUUCUCCUCUAACAUCUAUAACUCACCGAAAAUCUCGAUAUUCCAUUCUUUCCAUGAUGCCCCUACCUCUUGGUACUACGUCCCAUCCCACCGACGCCUACAAUAUUGUGGCCUUAUUGACCUCCACUAAACUUGUCAUCGUUGGUCUCAAGCCUACUCCUAAAACGUGGUUCAAAUGCCCUCGGGUAGUUGAGCAGGGAGACUUACCGAGAACCAAGCCCAGUCAGAAAGGCUCCCUAUCCUGGUUUCCAAGUGUCUUGCCGAAUCCAAGCGGAAAGGUAGAAGUGGUUGAAAGCAACCCUUCAUAUCACCCCGGCCCCCCCACAAAUCCGAGGCUCGUGUAUUCAUGGGGACGUACACUCUAUAUCUUACAGGUGUUCGAGUCGAAGGUAAAGCAAACGUUUCAUAGUUCCAGGUCUGGGAAAACUAGCGAGGUUGAAGUCGGCGCGGUAGACUUCGAGAACCUCGGCAAAUGGUCGGCAGAUGACGAUAUAUUGGCGGUUCAAUGGUUGAAUGUCAAUCAAGUGCUCGUCUUUACUGCAAUAUCUCUCGAAGUGUACGAUGUUCAUGUUUCAAAGCCAGUUGAAAAAGUACCCUUCGAUGGAUUUUCACUGGUUUCUCCGUCUUUGAAACACACAGUAAAGGGUAGUAUGGCCUACCCGGACUGUGCAAGUGAUGUCGCACACAGUAUUCGCGUCUAUAAGGGAAAGGUGUUUUUGCUGGGACGCGAAAACUUUCGAGUCGGAACGCUUCUAACAUGGGCAGACAAAAUCUUGGCAUUUGUUCAAAAUGGCGAUUUCUUGAGUGCCAUCGACAUGUCGCGACUGUAUUAUGUCGGUGCCGCUCCAGGAAAUAAGAAUGGCCUCCCGGAGGAUGUUGAUUUACGGAAAGAGAUUGUGGGCCAGAAAAUGCGCGAUUUGAUGACUGCCUCAGCUCAAUACGCCUUUUCCGAGGAUCGUAUGAUGGAUCGCACACAUAACACGCCUGAUGGCCGCGGUGUUGACCGGACCUCUUUGUUCGAAGGUCUUGUGGCAACGUGUUGUCGUGCUUGUAUUGCAUUGGAUGACUUCGACUUCCUGUUCGAAGACCUUUUCCAGCAGUAUGACGACUCUGGGAUCUCUCGAAUAUACCUCCUCCAACUAGAACGCUUUGUGCUGGAGAACGAGAUUCGAUUUGUUCCUCCUCGCAUUACCCAGAGACUAGUAGCCAUGCAUAAUGAGGAUGAGCGCCCAGAUCUUGUGGAGCGUAUCAUUUGGCACAUUGAUCCCGCUUGUCUGGACCUAAACCAAGCCAUCCAUCUCUGCCAGCAGCAUCACCUCUACGACGCCCUGAUCUACAUUUAUACCCGAGCCCUUCAAGAUUACGUAGCGCCAGUAGUUGAACUGCUCAGCUUAAUUCGUCGCGUCAACCAGUACCGUAAAUCAAGUACGAAUACUUGGGAUGAGGACACCAUGGAGCCGAUAGUCCUGAGCGCAUACAAGAUUUAUCCAUAUCUCGCCAACAUCCUUUCGGGCCUUACCUACCCUAGUGAGGAACCUCUCCCAGAGGAAGAGAGUUACCAGGCAAAAAAGGACGUCUAUGCAUUUCUUUUCUCUGGACGCUCAAGUGUUUGGCCUGUUGGUGAUGGAGGAAGUUUGAUUCUAACGUCGGACGAAGAAGGCGGUGUCGAACCCACAUAUCCUUAUGCUCGGCUUCUCCUGCGUUUUGAUGCCGAAUCCUUUUUGCAUUCGCUUGACAUUGCAUUCGAAGACCCAUAUCUUAAUGAUAAGUCCCAGGACGUCGGUCGUCUCGUCAUUGUUCGAAUACUAUUGGAAAUCCUCUCGUCGGGAAGUCUGACAUCGGGUGAUGUAACAUUUGUAAACAUCUUCAUUGCUAGGAAUGCUCCAAAAUACUCCCAGUUCCUCCCGAUACCAGUCAGCACUCAGCAUAGUAUUCUGAUCAGUCUAGCGGACGAUCCUGAUGCAAGUACGCGUGAAGAUCGUCAGUUGGCUGCAGAAUACCUUCUUUCCAUAUACACCCCUCAUGAUAUUGACCGGGUGGUGCAACUCUUCAACGACGCGGGAUUUUAUCGAAUUCUUCGAAUUUGGCACCGCCAAGACCGCAAAUGGAGACCGCUGCUUUCGACUUAUAUCGAAGACCCAGAGCUUCACCCAUCAGAACUAUUCCAUAGUAUCGAUGAAGUUCUCCGGAUUUCAGAAGGAGAAAACAAGCACAUUCCGACGGAGUUGGUUGUCACAAUAGCAGACGCUCUACCUAGGCUAUUGCAGGCCAGCAUCCCGAGGACAGCGGAUCUUCUCGACAAGCACACUCCCGAUCUGCACAGUCGCGCUCUGGAAAGCCUCGGUUCUCUCGGUGACUACAAGCGUUUUAUAUAUCUGCAGUAUCUCUUAGGUCCUCCACGUCCGGAAGACGAAGAAUAUACCAAGAUCCCCCGAAGGCCCCUCUCCCAGUCUCACGCAUUGGACGAUCUCCGACGAGCAUAUAUUGCGCUUCAGUGUCAGUAUCACCCUCAGGAUGUUAUCAAUGUCCUGAAGUACUUGUCACCGAGUCGGUUAGAUUGGCCCGGUGUUGUGGCAGUAUGCGAGGAAAGAGAGGUUUAUAAUGCAGCAGUUUGGGCUCUCAAUCAACAAGGUCAUCCUGUUGAUGCCCUUACCAAGGCGGAGACCUUCGAAAAACGUCUUACUCUUCGAGUCAUCGAGGCGCUUGGGUCUGCCGAAACAGCCGAAGCAAAUUCGGACAUCAAGAAGGCUGUUGAUGGACUCGUCGACCUAGCAAGAUCUGGCAUCUCUGUAUGUUUAGAUCGUUCAUUAUCUACCUCACCGGAUGUAUCUUUAGAGGAUAUCUGGCUCCAACUACUCGGCAGUCAGAUUAACUGCAUCCAAUCUGUCUCCGCGUCUUGUUCACAGGAAACGUUAUCCUCCUCCUUCACCCUAGAUUCACGUUCUCAUGCAGACCGUAUCGUGGAGGUUGAACGGCAAACAUUAGACACGCUUCGCUGUGUCAUACAAGAAACAUUUACAUCUCUCGUGUCCAUAAGUUCCACGCGGGCAUUAUCUUUUCCCCGACUUUUCAAACGACUGGUAAACUCUGCAAUCCAGAUGCCAUCAUCCAAAGGCACUCAUUACACCGAGUUUCGUACCAUUCUGACCGGCAUGCUGGAGUCGUAUCGGUCGGAGGGAGAUAUGCUUAUCAUCACGAAGCAUCUACUAGACCGGGAUCUGUUUCAGGGUAUGGCGGAUUUGACUCGAGAGCAGAAUCGUGGAUGGACUCCUUCAAAGGGCAUGUGUUCUGUGUGUCGUAGACCAUUACUAAAAGACCCGCACGCAGAACGUGACACCCAAACCCGGCAACUUGUUAUCGUGUCUCGAACAGGACGUUCAUAUCAUAGUACAUGCUUCCCUACGACGGUUUAA